CUUGUCCGGGCCUGAAGCUAAUCUCACACUUCCGGCACUUCUUUAAAUUCACGGCCGCCUUUUCCUUACGCUCAGUUUACUAGACGGAACUAAAGUUCAGGAAGUCCUACUAGAUCUCUCACCCGAGAGUUUCUUGCUGCGAUUCAACCUUACUUUUUCAAUAUUUUGUGUUCCGCUUUCCACCCUGCCCUUAGAUGACCUCUUUCCGGAUCUCUCCUUAGUUUUCUUUCUUAGGGAGGGCUUUUUUGUUUUUUCCUUUCCUAAACCAGACUGGUUGAACUGGUCCAACAUUUUCGAUGUACAUAUUGAUGUGCGGAGAAGGCACACAGAGCUCCCGGGCUGGAAAGGGGAUAGAUAACAAGCGCCAGAGAGGAUGAGAUAGAGACCGUGACGGUGGCUGGAGGUGUGGAGGCCUGAGGGGGAGAAGGGAAAAUGCCUCCGAAGUAUCGGGGAUCGCGGUUUUUCAACACUUGGCUUGGCCCUGCCAUUUAAAACUGUGAUCUUGGAGACUGGACCAGGAGCUGACCCCAAGCCAAGAGUCUAAGAGUGCUUGGGACUGUACCAGGGUCAUGGCCCCACCACCACCACUGCCAGUGGCCGCCAGCACGCCAAUCCUGCAUGGCGAGUUCGGUUCCUACCCGGCCCAGGGCCCACGGUUCGCCCUCACCCUCACAACACAAGCCCUACACAUACAGCGGCUGCGCCCAAAGCCAGAAGCCCGGCCCCGAGAUGGUCUAGUCUCUCUGGACGAGGUCUCGGGCUGUGGCACUCUGCAGAGCCGUAGCCCGGAAGACACUGCAGCCUACUUCUGCAUCUAUACCUACCCACGGGGCCGGCGCGGGGGCCGGCGCAAAGCUACUCGGACCUUCCGGGUUGACGGGGCCGCCACUUAUAUGGAGAAUCGUGCAGAGGCCCAACGUUGGGCAACUGCCCUCAUGUGUCUCCUCCGAGGAGUGCCUCUGUCUGGGGACCAGGAAAUCACUCCUGAAUUGCUACCCCGGAAGCCCAGACUGCUCCUAUUGGUCAAUCCUUUUGGGGGGCGGGGCCUGGCCUGGCAGCGCUGUAUGGACCACGUGGUGCCCAUGAUCUCUGAAGCUGGGCUGUCCUUCAACCUCAUACAGACAGAACGACAAAAUCAUGCCCGGGAGCUGGUGCAGGGGCUGAGCCUGAGUGAGUGGGAAGGCAUUGUCACUGUGUCUGGAGAUGGGCUGCUUUAUGAGGUGCUGAAUGGUCUCCUUGAUCGCCCAGACUGGGAAGACGCCGUGCGGAUGCCCAUUGGUGUCCUCCCCUGUGGCUCUGGCAAUGCACUAGCGGGGGCGGUUAACCAUCAUGGAGGGUUUGAGCAGGCUGUUGGCGUUGACCUGUUGCUCAACUGCUCGCUUCUUCUCUGCCGGGGUGGCAGCCAUCCUCUGGACCUGCUCUCUGUGACGCUAGCCUCAGGAUCCCGCUGUUUUUCCUUUCUGUCGGUGGCCUGGGGAUUCUUGUCAGAUGUGGACAUUCAGAGUGAGCGCUUCAGAGCCCUGGGCAGCGCUCGAUUCACACUGGGUGCAGUGCUAGGCCUGGCCACAUUGCACACCUACCGUGGGCGCCUCUCCUACCUCCCCGCCACCACAGACCCAGCCUUGCCCAUCCCAGGCCACAGUCUGCCACGAGCUAAGUCGGAACUGGCCUUGGCGCCAGCUCCAACCCCGACCGCCACCCACUCGCCUCUACAUCGCUCAGUGUCUGACCUGCCCCUGCCCCUGCCCCAGCCCGCCUUGGCCUCCCCUGGCUCCCCUGACCCCCUGCCUGACCUGUCCCUCAAUGGUGGUGGCCCAGAGCUGCCUGGAGACUGGGGGGCAGCUGGGGAUGCACCUCUGUCCCCAGACCCACUGCUGCCUUCACCCCCCAACGCUCUCAAAACAGCUCAGCUUUCGCCCAUCGCCGAAGGACCCCCAGAAGUGCCAGCAUCCUCGGCGGUCCUGCCUCCCACCCACAGUGCCCCAGAAGCCUCUACCUGGGGCCCAGUGGACCACCUGCUCCCUCCCCUGGGCUCUCCGCUGCCCCAAGACUGGGUGACAAUAGAGGGGGAAUUUGUGCUCAUGUUGGCCAUCUUGCCAAGCCACCUCUGCGCAGACUUGAUGGCAGCCCCACACGCACGCUUCGAUGACGGCGUGGUGCACCUGUGCUGGGUGCGGAGUGGCAUCUCACGGGCUGCUCUUCUGCGCAUUCUGCUGGCCAUGGAGCAUGGGAACCACUUCAGCCUGGGCUGCCCACAUCUGGGCUAUGCUGCAGCACGUGCCUUCCGCCUCGAGCCACUCACGCCUCGUGGCCUGCUCACUGUAGAUGGGGAGUUAGUGGAGUACGGGCCAAUACAGGCGCAGGUGCAUCCGAGUCUCGCCACGCUGCUCACUGGGCCUGCAGGUCAAAAGCUGCGAGCCUGAAUGAGCCCAAAGCAUGCCGAGUUGGUGGACCCAGAGCCCCAUAGGCUAAGAUCUAUCUUUCAUAGGUAGAAGUUGGGCCGGCACUCAGAACUGCAAGGGUGGAGAGUGGUCCUGGCCCUCAGUUCCCAGUGGACCUUGAGGGUGGGGUCUGCCUUUCUUGAUGUCCACUGACGGGGCCUGGAAUGUAUGAGCUAGCAAGGCUUCUUCAGCUUCCUGUCCAGCCAGGGUUUCUUCUUGCCUACUCCGGUGCCUCUACUUGACUGGCCAGUCAGCCCUUGCGGGGCAGGUUCCCCCAGGCGGUCCCCGGAUUUGCACUAAUGUUCCUCCCCUGGCCAGCUAGGGAUGGGAUGUUCUGUGUCUUGUGUGUCCCUGUCCCUAGUUUAAAAAGCAAUUGAAAAGGUCUAUGCAAUAAAGGUGUUGCUUUCCUCUAGACCUUCA